GGACGGCUGGUGAGCCCGCCCGAAGAUGACAGACGCCCUGCUGCCCCGUCAGGCGGCGGAGCCGGCGGGGGACGGCUACUUUCGGAAGGGAUGUAAUCCUCUUGCUGAGACUGGACGAAGCAAACUGCAAAAUCAAAGAGCUGUUCUAAACCAACAGAUCUUAAGAGCAGUGAGAAUGAGAGCUGGUGCUGAAAAUCUUCUAAGAGCAACCACCAACAACAAAGUACGAGAGCAAGUACUGCUGGAACUCAGUUUUGUCAACUCAGACCUGCAGAUCUUAAAGGAAGAAUUGGAAGGACUUAAUAUCUCAGUAGAAGUUUAUCAAAAUGCAGAAGAGACUUUCAGUAUUCCCUUGGUACCUCUUGGCCUGAAGGAAACCAAAGAUGUAGACUUUACACUCCCCCUCAAGGACUUUAUUCAGGAACAUUAUAGCCAAGACAGUUCAGAGUAUGAAGAUGAAAUAGCAGAUCUCAUGGAUCUGAGACAAGCCUGCCGCACUCCUAGCAGAGAUGAAGCUGGCAUUGAGAUGUUGAUAAGCUAUUUCCUGCAACUUGGUUAUGUAGAAAACAGAUUUUUCCCACCCACCAGGCACAUUGGAGUUUUAUUUACAUGGUAUGAUUCCUUCACAGGUGUCCCAGUGUGUCAGCAAAACCUGUUGCUUGAAAAAGCCAGUGUUUUAUUCAACAUCGGAGCUCUCUACACACAGAUUGGAACAAGGUGCAAUCGUCAGACCCAGGCUGGACUUGAAAAUGCUGUUGAUGCUUUUCAGAAAGCUGCAGGAGUUCUAAGCUACUUAAAGGAGACCUUUACUCACACUCCAAGUUAUGACAUGAGCCCAGCUAUGCUGAAUGUCCUGGUAAAAAUGAUGCUUGCACAAGCUCAGGAGUGUGUGUUUGAGCAGAUUGGCCUUUCUGGAAUACGGAAUGAGUUUUUCACACUGGUAAAAAUGACACAGGAAGUUGCCAAGGUGGGAGAGGUUUACAUGCUGGUCAACACUGCAAUGAAUCAGGAACCAGUGAAAGAGAAUAUUCCCUACUCCUGGUCUAAGCUGGCACAAAUAAAGUCAGACCAUUACAAAGCUCUGGCACAUUAUUUCACUGCCACCAUUCUGUGUGACCAUGAAUUGCAGCCUGGUGAUGAUGAAGAUCAGCAGGAGAAAGCCUUGUCCCAGCUGUAUGACUGUGUGCCUGAAGGGCUGAUGCUUCUUGAUGUUCUAAAGGACAAAGUCCAGAGAAAACAAUUAGGGAAAGCACAUUUACGCAAAGCCAUUGUUUACCACGAGGAAGCUCUGAGAGUCUGUGGGCUCUGCAAAAAGCUUCGCAACAUUGAGGUUCUCCAGGAGGUCCUGACAGCUGCACAUAAACGUUCCCUGCUCAAAUAUGCUCAGCAGGAGACAGAAGAUGAUUUCCUCAGUCUCAUCCAGGCUCCAGAUAUACUGCCUAAAACAGAACAUAAAAUAGAAACAAUUGCUCCUCAGUUUUCCAAAGUGAAAGUGAAAGACUUCUUUCAUAAGCUGGGCCCACUGACAGUGUUUUCAGCCAAGCAGAGAUGGACAGCCCCAAGGACCAUCUGCCUCCACCAUGAAGUAGGAGAGCUUGGAUUCAGUCUGAAAGGAGGUUCACCAGUACAGAUUUAUUGUCUUGAUCCAGCUUGUCCUGCAGCAUCAGCAGGCCUAAAAGAAGGUGACUACAUUGUAUCAGUUGGUGGUAUGGAUUGCAAGUGGCUUGGUGUCAGUGAAGUGCUGGAAAAACUGAAAAGUGUGGGAAAGCAGCCCGUGGAGAUGGAGGUUAUCAGUUGCCAGGAUACAGCAGCAUCUUUGCAUAGCAAGAGUGCAACUUACUCCAUGGGAAUGCAGAAGACAUACUCCUUAAUCUGUUUAGCCAUGGACGAGGAUAAAAUUGAUCAGACCAAGAAAGCCCCACUAAAACUCCCUUUUCUGAGCUGGGGAACUAAAAACAGACAGAAAGCUGCAAGUACACUCUGCCUUCCUUCAGCUGUGGCUGGAAGUUCUCAGACUAAGAAGAAGCUUUCUCCCUUCACACUUUUCAAUACAGAAAGUUCAUUGUACUGAAUCUUCCAGAAGUAUCUGUUAAUGUGACUUUUGUUUAAAAUGUAAAAAUACUGAUCAAUUUUAUCUUCACAUACGUAUGUGUAAACCCAGACAAAUACUGGUGACUUCAUUUGCUGUGCAUUGAGCCACUUGUGGUCAGAAGCUGGCAGAAAAUGUAAAACUGAAGUAUUUGAAGGUUAUGAAGUCCUUUGGGAGGUAUGCAAUAACAAGAUGUAGAUUCUAGAUUUGCUUACAUGAAGAUUGGAAUCCUUUGGGGUUUCAAAAUACAGUUAUGACUGAUUUUUCAUAAAAAUAGUCAUAGCUAUGCUAGAUGGGAGUUAUUUAUUACAAACUUGAUGCUGAAUGCAAAAUAGUAAGGGGACAUGUUAGAGAAUGAUUUUGCUCUUAAAGUUAAGAGUCAAUAAUAAAUCAUUUAACAUUACUUUGAAAAAUUAUCUUAACAAAGCACAGGUGAGAGGAAAUAUUAUUCAGAGAAACAAGUCUUGUGCCAAGGAGCAGUGUCAUAGAGUUGUGUUUUAUGCAGAGGUGCUUCCUCAGAGUACUAGGUGUAGCCUACUGAACAGGUCAUUUAGUUCUGGAAGAGAAUUACAAAGCUUAAGGUCUUUUGAACUCCAAAAGGCUUUUAUUCUCUUCUUUUUCUGAUUUAGGUAACAUUUUAAAUGCCUGUUGAUUCAAUUGUUAAAAACAGGCUUUAUUCCUAAUGUUAUUUAACCUACUUACUUUAAGACUUGUAUCUCACUUGUCUUGAUAAAAUGGAUAGCUGUGAAACAAAUCUCAAAAUGGACAUAGUAUAAUAUAUUGAUUCAAGGGCACAUAAAUUGCAGUGAUGCUUUAAAAUAUGAUAAAAGAAGUACUUGUGCUAAGUGGCAGGAUAUUUAUUUACUAUCACAUCAAGCAAAAAAAAUCUUCUGCCCUUGGAAAAAUUAAUGAGCAAGCUGUAUCUAGAGUAAGGAGGGGGACAAAAAUAACUGGUGAGCAUUUCUUUGAGAUUCUUCUGUUUCCUUAAAUUAAUUGAAAAUUGCUAACACUGUAGUGUUAGUUAACUUUGCCAUCUACAGAGUAGAUAGAUACUUAAAAUUUACACAAAAAUCUGCAUCUUGCUGUAAACUUUUGAGUUGUCAUUUAUUUUUAAUUUCUUAUGUAGUAGGUGUAAAUAUCUUGAUGACCCUUAUUUAAGAAUAAAAAUCAGAUGCUGCCAUUUACUAGUGGCUUUUUAAUUCUGCUUCAGUUUGGAUGCUAAAGCGUAAUUUACAGGUUUUUGCUAUUUACUGUUGCCAUACUUCUUGUUUCUUUAAUGUUGCUUACAGAGAUCUAAGAAACUUUUCUUAAAAGUUCCUGUAUUGUGCAAUAUCAACUAAGAGUUAAAAACCAACUUCUUUACAAAGAGUGUAAACAUAUUUCUAGUUUCCCUGUAAAGGUUACAUGAAAAAUAAGCUGUAAAUUCCUUGUGACUUGCCUAUCCUCAGCAGUUACUCUAUAGGUGUAUUGGUAGUAGUGCUCCUUUUACACACACAAGCAGCAGGCAGCCCCUGAUCUGCACAGCCCUGCCUCACAUAUUCCAUACAGAUGAGAUUUACUGUGCCUGGGUGCUGAAAUUGCUAUCCAAGUACCCAAACCUUUAGCAAAGUCACAGCAAUCACCCUUGCAGCUCUUCAUUUCUCCUAAACCACUAUCAUAAUCUUCCUGGAAAUACUUUCCCUCUUAACUACUGAAUAAUUGUCUUUCCUUCCCAUCAUCAUACUAUACUCACUUGUCCUUGAGGAGAGCUUGGCUUUUAAAAUUUAAAACACACCCCAAAAUUCAAGUAAAAAUGUGGACCUCUCUGGUGCCAGAUAAAUACUCUUAGUUUUCUGUUCUACACUGAGUGGCAGCCAACAGCUAACUCAG